AUGACAGCCAACGCAUCAGAGGCAUUGGAUUUGCUUCUAAAAAUUCAAAAUGAGCAAGGCGAUUUGAAGCAGAACCUCAGUAUCAUUCGAAUUGCAGAACCUAUCUCGGACGCUGGCGACGCGAACCCCUCACCUUCAAAGCGAAGAUCAGAUGUCUCAUUGUCAAACCUGAAUGAUCCAACUCCUGCCUCUCUUGAAGCUGAUUUGACACACUACAAGGUUACUAAAGAAAAGUUUCUACGGGCAAUCGUCGGCGAUCCACCUCUGAUCGUGGGACACAAUGAGAACGUAGAGUUGGAGACACAGCUGGCGGAGGUUAAGGCAGAGCUCAAGGCCCGGAAAGAGGAAGCCCGCAUGGUGAUCGAAGAGAUGGAAAAGAUGAGCCGUGAUCUGGCUAGCCGUUACAAGAACGUUGAAGUCCAAGAAGCGCAGCUCGCAAGCCUCCCAGAAUCAAUUGAAAAUCUCGAGGGUACUAUUGCGGGCCUCCGCGCGAAGCAAGUUGCGAACAUGGAUACAUCGGAUCCUCGAGCAUCCCAAAACCUGUCUCUCCCUGCCACUGUGAAAUUGCUCGCCGAUCGUGAGGCAGAAUUGGCGGCGCUCAAUCGGCAGAUGGCUGCUGUCCAGAAUUCUUUGCCCCGCAAAAGUCGGGAAGCCGAGGCGAUUGAGAGGGAGUGCUCAGUGCUCGAGCGGCGGAAGGUAGAGGCUGUCGCACAGGCACGCGAAGCCAGACGGAAGAAGCAGGAGGGUGAGACGGACGGCACUGAGGAAAUGGGUCGGUGGUACCGCAGUGCAGAAGAGACAUUGAAGGAAAUGGUGGGCGUGGAGGGAUAA